GUCAUAAUUUUAUCAUGAUUGGUAUUUUGUUUAAAAACAAGAAAUUGUUGUAAUUUCCCCUAUUUUUGUAUUGUGUAUUUAAAAGUAUAAUAUAAAACUGUUACGAAAGUUCCUUUCAAACGUUUUUUUAAUAUAUAAUUAACACUCAUAUUAUUUGAAGCAGACUUAAAUAUGCAGUCAUCCGAAAAGCAUAUGAAAACUGAUCUUGCUUCUUUGGAGCCUGCCUUCAGAAUCAAGCAGCUAGCAAAUUAUGGAGCUAUGGUUGAUGUAGAUCCCAAUGUGCCACCCAGGAGAUAUUAUCGUUCAGGUUUAGAGAUGGUUAGAAUGGCGAAUGUAUAUUUGACUGAGGGAAGUCUCGAAAAUGCCUAUAUACUUUAUAUGAAGUUUAUGACAUUGUUUUUGGAAAAGAUUCGUAAGCAUCCAGAGUAUAGCACGGUACCUUUAGAUGUAAAGUCAGUAAAUCAAACUAAAUUGAAGGAGGUCAUGCCAAAGGCAGAGAAAUUAAAACAAAGACUAUUUGAUCGGUAUACAAAAGAACAUGCACAUUAUAAAGAAAUGGAGGCAAAAAGAAAGAUAGCAGAAGAGGCAAGAAAGAAACAAGAACAAGAGGAUGCAAAAUUGGCUCAGCGAUUGCAAGCCGAUGAAAAUAAACAAGAUGGAAAUGCUACUGGACCACAUCUUAUGAAUACUGAGAACUGGGCAGUGACACCGAGUGCUCCGCCAGUAGAUGGUGUGCUGUAUCCUGAUGACUUCGCUACCGAGCCUCCUCGAGCUCCUCUCAAUGAGUACAAGCCUGUACCACCACUUAUUCCUCCUAAACCAGUGCAAGAAAAUGUAAUCAACGACAUGUUCCCACCGCUAGCGGGCGGUUUACGCACGGUGGUAGUACCGGCCUCUCUGAUGGGUCGGUUUUUGACCAUCGCCGCUUCGAAUACGGCAAAAAAUAUUGAGCUCUGCGGCAUUUUGGCUGGAAGGUUGGAGCAAAAUCAGUUGAAAAUAACGCAUGUGAUAGUGCCGAAGCAAUCCGGCACCGCCGACUCGUGCAGCACUAAUAAUGAAGAGGAGAUAUUCCACUAUCAAGAUCAGCACAAUCUCAUCACUUUGGGCUGGAUACAUACGCAUCCCACUCAAACGGCCUUCCUCUCGUCAGUGGACCUUCAUACGCAGUGCUCCUACCAGCUCAUGAUGUCCGAGGCGAUUGCUAUCGUGUGCGCGCCUAAAUACAAUGAGACUGGUUAUUUCGCGCUGACCCCAGACUACGGUAUGCAGUACAUAGCCGCGUGUCGGCAGUCCGGCUUCCAUCCACACCCUAACGAUCCACCGCUUUUCUAUAAUGUAACUCACAUUCGCUUGGACAGCACGUCGUCGAUAGAAAUGGUGGAUCUUAGAAAAUAAACAAAGAUUUUUAUGUUAUAAUUUUCGAGUUAUAAGCAAUUUUCAACGCAAGCUAGUCUGACUGUAUUUGCUUUUAAAUUCGACUCAAAUUAUUUUAGAAAUAGUACAAUAUUUUUGUGCCAUGAAUCAAAAUAAUAUUUCUAAGAAAAUUUAUACUUUUGAAAGAGAUUUAUAAUUUCCCUGUGAGUAUAUUUAUGUUAAUGUUAUACAAUAUUCUAACUUUUCAACAAAUUUCUGUUUAUUAUUUAUCAACAAUAGGUAUUUUUAUAAGUUAACUAGGGGUCCUCCCCCG